UCCAGUUGCAUUCAACCACUCUUCCAUGUUUCCGAAACUUUUGGUUCAGCGAUUCAAAUACCAGCUGGCAAGCUACAAGCCGCUAUGAAAUACAAAUCAAACCAUGGCUGAAGUGGAAGCCAAAGUCCUCACGGACGACGAGACCACCGCGCCUAACCCCUCCAAAUUCCGAUUCAAAUCCAAACGGAAGCGCGACCGCGAAGAGUCCGACGAUGCGCAUAGUUCCCGGCGCAAUCGUAAACGGCGGCGAUCCGACGAUGAAGGCUGGCACCAUACCUCAUCCUGGCGACAUCGCCGCAGCAAAUCCCCCGCCUCCAGAUAUACAUAUCACUCACCGCUCCACGAUGACCCCUCCACUUAUGACGAUACCUACCUCCCGAACGCGCGCAGCGACCAAUACAUGGACCAUGACACCGCAUUUCGAGAAUCGCUAUUCGACGCACUCGCCGAUGAUGAAGGCGCGCAGUACUGGGAGGGUGUAUACGGACAACCCAUGCACGUCUACCCGAAUACCUACGAAGGGCCGCAGGGCGAGCUGGAGCAAAUGACGGACGAGGAGUACGCGUCGUACGUGCGGGGGAAGAUGUGGGAGAAGUCGCACCAGCAUGUGGUUGAGGAGAGGGAGAAGCGGGAGAAGCAGAAGAGUGAGAGACGGGAGCGGGAGAAAGGUAGGAGGAGGAUGGAGGAGGAGCACGAGGAGCACGAAGAGUUUAAGAGGCGGGUGGAGGAGAGUUUGAGGAGGGGAGAGGAGAGGAGGUCGAGGAAGAGGUGGAAGGGGCGGUGGGAAGAAUAUGUUCAGGCGUGGGAGCGCGUUGCAGAGGAGGCCAAGACGGCGGCGUCAGCGUCUGGGACAGACGCUAAACCAAUCGAGUUACCAUGGCCGAUCGAGAGCGGAAGACGACACGACGUUUCGAAAGAGAUGGUGGAAGAGUUCUUUCGCCGAGCACCGCCGGAAGGGAGCGGUCUACUAGCGCUGCUGAAGACCGAGCGGGUCAGAUGGCAUCCAGAUAAGGUGCAGCAAAGGAUGGGAUCUCGGAUUCAUGCAAGCACCUUGAAGUCUGUGACGUCGGUAUUUCAGAUUGUCGAUUCUAUGUGGUCUGCUCUAAGAGACAAGAAAAGCUAGGACAUAAUAGCCUCGAAGAUACUAUACACCGCGUCGAGUACCUCUCAAUUGCAGGAGAAGCAGGAACAGAUCCGCCGGUCUAUUGUGCUCAUGCACACCCCCAACCCCGGACAGUGUUAUCGUGGCCGGUUUAUCAGACGCUGCUCGCGCUGUUCUACUUGAACGUCAUGGAUAUGCCGUAAAUGUCGCACCUGGGAGAGUGGUUGAGACCAUACUCCCUCUGCCAGUGCAACUUUGCGCAGCGCUGAGAAUGUCGAAGGAACCAAAUGCCUCUUGGGAGGCACCGCUAUCCUUCAAACGAGCUCGGAGGCUACAAAGCCUUUCUAUUGGCCUAAACAUAGGACAGUUCUUGGAUGC